GGUAAUUAAAUCACCCCAGGAAGAUUAGUUGGUAAAGUGGUAUGAGUUUGUUUAUGCUUCUAACAGGGUGCAUAAAAUCGUGUUCCAGAUAAUACCGUCUAUCUUAUAAAGUUGAAGGCCUUCGUAGUACAAACUUUGUCAACAUGAAGAAAAAGGUACUGUUAAUGGGUAAGAGUGGCUCAGGGAAGACAAGUAUGAGGUCCAUAAUUUUCGCCAACUACAUCGCAAGAGACACCAGACGGCUGGGCGCUACAAUCGACGUGGAGCACUCUCACGUGCGCUUCCUGGGCAACCUGGUGCUCAACCUGUGGGACUGUGGCGGCCAGGAAGCAUUCAUGGAAAAUUAUUUUGCUUCUCAAAGAGACAACAUUUUUCGAAAUGUUGAAGUACUUAUAUAUGUGUUUGAUGUGGAGAGCAGAGAAAUGGAAAAGGACAUGCAUUACUAUCAGUCCUGCUUGGAAGCUAUUCUUCAGAACUCACCGGAAGCUAGGAUAUUCUGUCUGGUGCACAAAAUGGACUUGAUACCCGAAGAAUCGAGGGAGGAAAUAUUUAAGGAAAGAGAAGAGGAUCUGAAGCGACUCUCCAAACCCUUAGAGUGCACUUGUUUUCGGACCAGUAUAUGGGAUGAAACAUUAUAUAAGGCGUGGUCAAGCAUAGUAUAUAAACUUAUACCUAAUGUUAAAGCUUUAGAAUCUUCAUUGAAACAAUUUGCCUCAAUUGUGGAUGCUGAUGAAGUGCUGCUGUUCGAGCGCGCGACGUUCCUGGUGGUGUCGCACUGCCAGCGGCGCGCGCACCGCGACGCGCACCGCUUCGAGAAGGUCUCCAACAUCGUCAAGCAGUUCAAGCUCUCCUGCUCCAAGCUCGCCGCGCAGUUCCAGAGCAUGGAGGUCCGCAACAGCGUGUUCGCAGCGUUCAUCGACGGGUUCACGAGCAACACGUACGUGAUGGUGGAGAUGUCGGACCCGCGCAUCCCGUCCGAGGCCACGCUCAUCAACAUCCGCAACGCGCGCAAGCACUUCGAGAAGCUGGAGAAGGUGUCAUCCAGCGCGCCCCCGCACUACCAGUGAACCGCCC